AUGCCAGAAAACAACAUCCCCUUUCUGAAGAACCGCACGGAAGUGGGACAUGUCGCGCUGGGUUCGAAUUCGCGCCCCGCGUGGGUUGUAGCGGUGCUGUCCAGCGUGCUGAUUUUCACCACGGUAGUGGACGUCCUGGGGAACCUGCUCGUCAUCAUCUCCGUCUGUCGCAACAGGAAGCUGAGGAACGCCGGUAACGUAUUUGUGGUGAGUCUGGCGUUUGCAGACCUGGUGGUUGCGUUCUAUCCAUACCCACUGGUGCUCUACGCACUCUUCCACGACGGCUGGUCGCUAGGAGACACACAGUGCAAGGUGAGUGGCUUCCUGAUGGGCCUGAGCGUGAUCGGCUCCAUCUUCAACAUCACGGCGAUCGCCGUCAACCGCUACUGCUACAUCUGCCACAGCUUCGCCUACGGCCGCCUCUACAGCUUCCGCAACACCCUGCUGUUUGUGGCGCUGGUCUGGGCCCUGACGGUGCUGGCCAUCCUGCCCAACUUCUUCGUGGGCUCGCUGCAGUACGACCCGCGCGUCUACUCAUGCACCUUCGCGCAGACCGUCAGCUCGUCCUACACCAUCGCCGUGGUGGUGGUGCACUUCCUGGUGCCCAUUGCCGUGGUGACCUUCUGCUACCUGCGCAUCUGGAUCCUCGUCAUCCAGGUGAGGCGCAAGGUGAAGAGCAACGAGCGGCCGUCCACGUCGACGGGGUCGACAUCGACGACGUCGCGCGUGCGCCCCAGCGACCUGCGUAACUUCAUCACCAUGUUCGUGGUAUUCGUGCUCUUCGCCAUCUGCUGGGCGCCGCUCAACCUGAUCGGGCUGGUGGUGGCGGCCGACCCCCGCCGCAUGGCGCCGCGCAUCCCCGAGUGGCUGUUCGUGGUCAGCUACUUCAUGGCGUACUUUAACAGCUGUCUGAACGCCAUCGUCUACGGCCUGCUCAACCGCAACUUCCGCAAGGAGUACGCGCGCAUCGUCACGUCUUGGUGGAUGCCGCGCCUCUUUGUCACGGAGACUUCGCGGGCGGCCACGGACGGUGCCAGGAGCAAGCCCUCGCCGGCCGUCAUCAACAACAAUGAGUAG